AUGAUCUUCAACUAUCGUCCGGUCAACGGUCAGACGUUAACGGAAGGAUUCUACUCGUUGACGUGUCCUCUUGCAGAAACGAUCGUCCGAGCAACGAUGACGGCUUAUUACAUCAUACAACCUAACAUAGCACCGGCGAUGCUCAAAUUGCACUACAGUGAUUGUUUCGUCGAAGGUUGUGAUGCAUCGGUGCUACUCUCGGGGCCUAACACCGAGAGAACCGCAGAUGCAAACCUCAACCUUCGUGGCUUCGAAAUCAUUGACGACAUCAAAAGACAGAUUGAGCUCGUGUGUCCUGGUAUUGUCUCAUGUGCCGAUAUUUUAACUCUAGCCGCUCGCGAUGCGGUUGUCCUCACGAAGGGGACAUCCUGGGAAGUAAAACUAGGACGUAAAGAUGGAAAAGUUUCAUUGGCAUCCAACGUCAAAAAUCUCCCGUCUCAUUCUGAUUCCAUCGAUGUUUUGCUUAAGAAAUUUGCUGGUUACGGGCUUAACACGGAAGAUUUCGUUGCUCUCCUAGGAGCGCACACGAUUGGAAGUGCGGCGUGUAAGUACGUAACGGACAGGAUAUACAGCAUCAACGGAAGCCCCAUUGAUUCGACCAUCAACCCUCUCUUCUUGGUGAAGCUGCAGAAGUUAUGUCCCAUAGACGGGGACGGUUCGAGCCGCGUGGCUCUAGACACGGGAAGUGAAUACGUCUUCGACACCUCUAUUUUCAAGAACAUCCUCAACGGAAGUGCAGUCCUCAAGAUUGAUCAGAGCCUUUCGCUCAAUCAACAAACGCUGGACCAGCUGGUAUAUACCUUAACUCAAGAGAGGUCACAACAUGUAUUAGCGUUUGCAUGGAACACGAUGAGUAGUAUCGUCAAAGCAGGGUCAAAUGGGGAAAUUCGCAGAAUCUGUUCGAAGGUUAACUAA